CCCGGUAUAGCUGCAUAAUGGCAGAUAUUACAUAUUAUGCUGUUAAUGUCACAAUAUGGCUGAAAUAGUGCCGAGGUGACGUUACAGGUUAACUCACUCACGAUCAAUGUCAGGGUAACCUAUAAUUAAAACCACCACUUCACAAUAUUGACAUUCAAGCAAGUGGUGAAAGGGUCUACACCAAUGGAACAGUGGUAGAAAAUAUAUGUACAACGUAGCUUGCAACGAGGAUGUUACGAACUUAACACCAACGAAGCUCACGUGGCAGGGAUAUAUGAUAGUAAAAGGCGUGUCUUCUACGGAUUGGCGUAAUAGUAGGCCUUCUGACUCCAGUGUGGAACAUGUGCUGAUAACAUCUCUGGUGGUCUGGGAGGCAUGACGUGUUGGAUCACGCUCUAGUGACAGGGGGAAAACACAGACUGGCUUCAACAUGGGGCUCAUCUAUGGAUACCUGUUGGUCGUGACAAGUGUUCUACUACACACACAAGCACAUGAUCGUCGGUACCACGGAGUGGCCUACCAUCUCAGAAAUGUCACCUUCAGUGGACACUUCCUACAUAUCAAUGGCAGGCUGGUGUGCAACGAGGGAUUUUCUAUGCUGGAUGCUGCUGUUGUGUGCCGGCAAAUGGGUAACGACAGUUCCCAUGUUAACAUAAUGUAUGAUGGCACGGCAAAAGCGAACACAUCCCUCAUAGGAGAAGGGUGCAGAGGAAGUGAGACAAGACUUCAACAAUGCUACUUUGGUAUCAAGUCUGGAUGCAGGCGUACAAUACCUGUUUCAAUCAUGUGUCAUAAAGGAGAGAAACAAAAGACGAACAUCACUGUGCUACCAAGUAACAGCAUCCGUGUGUACAAUGGGACAACUGUCACUGUGACGUGUUUAGCUAAGGGCAGGUACAUGCCAUCAGAGUAUUGGUACACCUGGACACUUGCAAAUACUUCCAAUGUUGUUGGAUCUUCACCUUCAAUAUCGCUGCGACUGGACGAGGCCUUCCGGACCAAAAAGAACCUUACCUGCUCAGUGGCUGUCAGAAACCAAACCCAAGGGAAUAAAUCUAUCGAUCUGCAGGUCCUCGGUGACCCCCCGCCAUUGGAAGCCACAUAUGACCUGCAUGUUGGCGAGAUUCUAGAAUUGGACAAAGAUUGUAAAGCUCGUUGUAACUGUUCCUUGAGAAAGGUAAAAGGUCACAGGGACCAAGACAGCUUUGACAAAAUACCUUGUAAUAUGUCGAUAACCAACAAAUCACAAAGUGGCUUGUACAUCAUCAGACGCACAAACUACCUCAAUGUCACGAUUGGUGAACCUCGAAAAGGGAUCUCAGCCGAAGUAGUAGAAAUUCAAGUAUCUGAUAAACCAACCAUCGAGUGUCCAGAGCAACAGUAUGUCAUCAGCAGUGGUUCCAAGAGACACCAAAUGUGCCGUUUCCAAAGCCCAUGGUUCAUAAAAAAUUGCACUGGUGAUCCGCAAGCGUCAUGUAUCAACUGCAGCAUCCAUACUAAUGAGAUACACAACCGUGGAAACUUUACCUGCGAAGUGGGCUACUCCAACAAGCGCCUGAAUGAGUCCAACUCAACAACCUUCAAUAUACGUCUCCAUAUUCUGAAUGCCAACUGGACGGUUCUUGUGAUGACAGGGUCUAACAUCAGUCUACACUCACCCAACUGUUCUGAUACCAACUCUAACAAUUACACAUGGCAGAUCCUCAGUGAUGAUGGGAAGGUGUCCGGAAACCACUCGCAGUUAUACAAUGUUACAACAUCUGCUAACUACGUGGGGUUCUCGCAGAAAAUGGCAAAUACUUUGAUGAAGCUUGAAGUCUUACACGAGCCAGAGGUGACGUGCGACCAGAAGGUUUCUCAUCCACUUGGCACCAGAGUAAGCCUGAAAUGUUCAGUUAAUGCCGUCCCCGGGUUUUCUUACAUCACCUGGACAAGACACGGUGAAGUCAUUGGAAACACGAACUCUGACACGUGGGACCUGGGAGAUAUUGGGAUGGUAGACAAGGGAGGCUACACCUGUACCGCCUACAAUACAAUGGUCGACGACUGCUCCAAUGAAACACGCGAGGGCAAUGGUUCUUGCACAAUAACUUUGGAUGUGUAUGUUGAGGGGGACAAGCGGACGGUCACAGUCGUUGCCAGCGUGUUGUCUCUUCUGUUGGUGUGCUUGAUGGGCGUGGUCGGUGUUCUUAGUGGAUUACUCCACGUAGCUCGGAGAGAAGAGCGGCGCGGAAACCAACCAACGAAAAUGCUUCCCCUGCUCACCACGCCGGAACCAGUAAAAGGAGUUCCACCAUCUGACAUUUACGAAAACGCUUGAGAACCAGGAGGACAAUUAUGAGAUGGCCAUAGAAGGAUGUAUCUUGGUUGAUGGGUCAACGUGUUGACCUGUGAUGGUUGCCCCGUUGGGGGUAGUUCGCUCACCUUUAGGCGAGCAUAUGGUAUCGCCCUCUUUGGUAGUAUGUCAUUAACUCGCUAUGUUAUGAUGAAGUCAUAAGAGUACCACGGAGUCUGCUUUUAGCAAAGACUUCUUUUGAAAAUGUUUGUUUUUAAAUCUUAGUUCUUGGAAUGCUAGCAUUUGAAAGAAAAUAUAAUAUUUUCAAAGCGUAGCCAUUAUGGCUCACUCACACGAUGUCACAGUGACAAUUUCGUUUGUUCUCUGUAAGGUGGUUUUCGGUUUGAGAAUAAAUGUAAGGAUUGUCUUGUCUGAUUGUAUCAAUAUGGCGUGAAGAUAUAGUACACUAUUUCCCUUUUCUCACUGUACGUGAAAUUUGUAUCUACAUCGCGUAUUUUGUUUUCAUUUUAUAUUGACUUUUACCAUUUGUGCUAAAUAUUAAUUUUACUCCCGACAAACUUUUCUUCUUAUUAUGUGGCUCUUGCACGUAAAGAUCGCUAGAUGACUGGUAGUUCUACACACAGGGACGAAAUUCCUGUCACAUCUUUCUGUUCUCAUAUUGCCUUCUCUUUGAUUUGCUGUUUUAUUUCUUGGUUUCACAAUAAAUGUAUAACUGGUAUGUUUAGUUUUCAUUAUUUUUCAGUUAUUACGUUCUUUUAGUAUUUAUAGAUUUCCGUUGAGAACAAUAAGGUGUUUCUGUCCAUGUAUUCGCACUGAAGGUCAUAUCAUACUAGUCAGUUGUGGCAGAGACCAUAGUACUGAAGGUCAUACCAUACUAGUCAGUUGUGGCAGAGACCAGAGUACUGAAGGUCAUACCAUACUAGUCAGUUGUGCCAGUGACCAUAGUACUGAAGGUCAUACCAUACUAGUCAGUUGUGGCAGAGACCAUAGUACUGAAGGUCAUAUCAUACUAGUCAGUUGUGCCAGAGACCAUAGUACUGAAGGUCAUAUCAUACUAGUCAGUUGUGGCAGAGACCAUAGUACUGAAGGUCAUAUCAUACUAGUCAGUUGUGCCAGAGACCAUAGUACUGAAGGUCAUACCAUACUAGUUAGUUGUGCCAGAGACCAUAGUACUGAAGGUCAUACCAUACUAGUUAGUUGUGGCAGAGACCAUAGUACUGAAGGUCAUAUCAUACUAGUCAGUUGUGGCAGAGACCAUAGUACUGAAGGUCAUACCAUACUAGUCAGUUGUGCCAGAGACCAUAGUACUGAAGGUCAUACCAUACUAGUUAGUUGUGCCAGAGACCAUAGUACUGAAGGUCAUACCAUACUAGUUAGUUGUGCCAGAGACCAUAGUACUGAAGGUCAUACCAUACUAGUCAGUUGUGCCAGAGACCAUAGUACUGAAGGUCAUACCAUACUAGUCAGUUGUGCCAGGGACCAUAGUACUGAAGGUCAUACCAUACUAGUCAGUUGUGCCAGAGACCAUAGUACUGAAAGUCAUACCAUACUAAACAGUUGUGGCAGAGACCAUAGUACUGAAGGUCAUAUCAUACUAGUCAGUUGUGCCAGGGACCAUAGUACUGAAGGUCAUACCAUACUAGUCAGUUGUGCCUGAGACCAUAGUACUGAAGGUCAUAUCAUACUAGUCAGUUGUUUCAGAGACCAUAGUACUGAAAGGUAUUCCAAAGGUGCAUAUUGACUUUUGUUAAAGUAAUAACUUCAUACUUAUGUAAAAAACUUAGAGAAAGGGGCUUCUGUUGAAAAGUGUGCAUCAACUCAAACAAGCCAUUUUCGUUUACAGGUACCCCAGCGUCGGUAACUGUUUAAAUAACCCUCAUUUGGUUAGUUUAUAUUUCCAGAUAAUAUGAUUUGGCUUUUUAUAUCCAUAAAUUAUGUUUCGUUACAUGAAAGAUAUAACUGUGAUAUUCAAUCCAGUGUUCGACAUACCACUUGAAGCGUGACGGACCUCCACUGACAGUCUUUCAAUGUGUAAUCAAGAUGAACUGAUAUUUGGACUUUGCUUUGCGUAAUAGUAUGCCUUCCCUAUACCUGUUUCUUAACGUGCUGUUACAUCAACGCAAUGCUUAUUUCAAUAAUGACUUUAUAUAAAAACAAUUGUAGCCAGUGUUUUGUUUUCCCAUGCUCAUAUUACACUGUAAUUUGAAGCUUUUAUUAAACUUGGAUCAAC